AUGGAGAAAUCGAUCACUCUUAGGCAAUCAGCUUAUGCAAACAAAGUAUUGGAACAAUUCGGCAUGAGUGAUUGUAAUGCUGUAAAUGUGCCCCUAGAGCAUAAAGUAAAACUACACAAGGAUGGAGAAGGUGAACCCAUUGAUGUCACUGAGUACCGAUGUAUCAUUGGAUCUCUCAGAUAUCUCCUACACACUCGACCGGACUUGUCAUUCGCCGUGGGAUUACUCAGCAGAUAUAUGCAGCGACCAACCUCAUUACACCUCAAGGCUAUGAAGCAGACUCUGAGAUAUUUGAAAGGGACUAUUCACUUUGGACUGAUAUACACUAAAGGAGGAAAUGAUGAAGAACUCGUCUGUUACUCUAAUAGCGACCUCGCUGGUGAUCUGGACGAUAGAAAGAGCACAGGUGGUAUGGUCUUUUACAUCAACAACUGUCUUGUGUCAUGGGGUUCUUAUAAGUAG